GGAAAUAUUGAAAUUCCACAUUUUGCAGAUGAUGCCCGACAUAAUUAGGAAUUAUAGCCCAGAAUCCCAGGCUGAUUUUAUGAUGCACAGUUUCCAGCAGUACCUUCCAGUGGUAGGUGUUUAGGAACGAUAGUCAGAUGUUUCGGGUUUCGUUCUCCAGGAGGCGACUAGACCUUUAAUUCAUCUGAAACCCACAUGAGAAUCUCGCCUAACGCUCCAGUCAGCUGACUUCAGACGCCAUUUUGUCAGCCAUUUCCUACACUCAGCCGUCGCCAGCGUCUCUGCACGGCUCGGGCAUCGUCUGGCCUCACACUCGUCUCCCCGGGCUCGGCGAACGGCUGCGGACCCUGCACGCACGGCACCCGGGUGGAUGCGACACUAGUCCGGGGGGCUCGGCACCCAAGAGACCUCUGCGAGGAAGCACGGCUCCGCGGGACGCAAGCGGCGCAACUCUCCGACGGUCAUGGCUCUGAAGAUCGUCAAAGGGAGCAUCGAUCGGAUGUUCGACAAAAAUCUCCAGGAUUUAGUACGUGGCAUUAGGAAUCACAAGGAGGACGAGGCCAAGUACAUCUCCACAUGCAUCGAUGAAAUCAAGCAGGAGCUCAAGCAGGACAACAUCGCUGUCAAAGCCAAUGCCGUGUGCAAGCUCACCUACCUUCAGAUGCUGGGCUACGACGUCAGCUGGGCCGCCUUUAACAUCGUUGAAGUCAUGAGCUCAUCCAAGUUUACAUACAAGAGGAUUGGCUACCUGGCGGCCUCACAGUGCUUUCACGAGAGCACUGAUGUCAUCAUGCUGACAACCAAUCAGAUUCGAAAGGACCUUAGCAGUCCCAACCAGUAUGACACAGGGGUUGCCCUCACUGGCCUUUCUUGUUUUGUGACUCCAGACCUGGCUCGUGACCUGGCAAAUGACAUCAUGACAUUGAUGUCCCACACUAAGCCCUACAUCAGAAAGAAAGCAGUGUUGAUUAUGUACAAGGUAUUUCUGAAGUACCCAGAGUCCUUGCGUCCCGCAUUCCCCAGGCUAAAGGAGAAACUGGAGGACCCAGACCCAGGAGUCCAGUCAGCAGCAGUAAAUGUAAUCUGUGAGCUGGCCCGAAGAAAUCCCAAGAACUACCUGUCCCUGGCUCCACUUUUCUUCAAACUUAUGACCUCAUCCACUAAUAACUGGGUUCUCAUAAAGAUCAUUAAGCUUUUUGGUGCACUCACACCAUUGGAGCCGCGAUUGGGAAAGAAGCUGAUUGAGCCUCUGACAAACCUAAUUCACAGUACCUCAGCCAUGUCUCUGCUCUACGAAUGUGUCAACACUGUGAUUGCAGUGUUGAUUUCCCUGUCCUCUGGAAUGCCCAAUCACAGCGCUAGCAUUCAGCUCUGUGUGCAGAAACUACGAAUCCUGAUAGAAGACUCGGACCAGAACUUGAAGUACCUGGGUCUACUUGCUAUGUCAAAGAUUUUGAAAACCCACCCCAAGUCAGUGCAGUCUCAUAAGGACCUAAUCCUCCAAUGUCUGGAUGACAAGGAUGAAUCCAUCCGCCUCAGAGCUCUGGAUCUGCUUUAUGGCAUGGUAUCCAAAAAGAACUUGAUGGAGAUUGUGAAGAAACUGAUGCUGCAUGUAGACAAAGCAGAAGGAACUACUUACAGAGAUGAACUGCUUACCAAGAUCAUUGACAUUUGCAGCCAGAGCAACUACCAGUACAUCACCAACUUCGAAUGGUACAUUAGUAUUCUGGUGGAGCUGACCCGCUUGGAGGGCACACGACAUGGUCACCUUAUUGCCUCUCAGAUGUUGGAUGUUGCAAUUCGGGUCAAAGCUAUUCGGGCCUUUGCUGUCGCCCAGAUGGCAACUCUGUUGGACAACGCCCACCUGCUAACUGGAAGCAUGCAGCGAAACGGCAUCUGUGAAGUGCUGUACGCAGCAGCCUGGAUCUGUGGCGAAUUCUCAGAACACCUUGAGAACCCCAUGCAGACGCUGGAAGCCAUGCUGCGGCCAAAAGUGGCUACAUUACCAGGCCACAUCCAGGCAGUGUAUGUGCAAAAUGGAGCAAAAUUGUUUGCCACCGUGCUAAAAAGCCAGGAGGGGAACACAGACAGUACAACUGCCCAAGAAACUAUCCAGUUAAUGAUUGACAGGCUGCCUGUGUUUGUCCAAAGCGCCAACCUGGAGGUGCAGGAGAGGGCAUCAUGCAUCCUGCAGCUUGUUAAGUACAUCCAGAAACUGCAGCAGAAGGAUGUAGAAGUAGCAGAAGAAGUCAAUGCACUAUUUGCUGGCGAGCUUAACCCUGUAGCCCCCAAGGCACAAAAGAAAGUGCCUGUUCCUGAAGGCCUGGACUUGGAUGCAUGGAUCAAUGAGCCUCCAUCUGAGAGUGAGUCUGAGGAUGAGCAGCCUAAGGCUAUUUUUACCAAGGAGGAACCAAAACACUCACGUCCCCGACACACAGAGGUGGAUGAGAAGGAACUGGCUAGGAGGAGAGAAGCCAGAAAGCAGGAGCAAGCUAACAAUCCAUUUUAUAUCAAGGCAUCCCCGUCCUCUCAGAAGGUUUAUCAAGAUGCCCCUGGAGUGGAGCACAUACCAGUUGUGCAGAUUGACCUCAGUGUGCCUCUCAAAGUCCCAGGUCUGCCUAUGUCUGACCAGUAUGUCAAACUGGAGGAGGAGCGGCGGCAGAAAGAAAGAGCAGAGAAGAAGAAGAAGGAUAAGAAGAAGCGGAAAGAAAAGCGCAGUGGACGCGGGAAGAAACGUGAUUCUGCUCCAGAGAGCGAGGAAGACAUAACACCUGCACACAUGGUCGACAUAGUCACAGAGGAGAUGCCAGAGAAUGCCUUACCCAGUGAUGAGGACGACAAAGACCCCAAUGACCCCCACAAAGCUCUGGACAUCGACCUGGACAACUUGAUGGAAAAUGCUGGGCGAAGACCCCUUGCAGACACCGAGAAACUACCAGUGAGGUCACACCGGGCAGCAGAAACUCCAAAAAGCCCUACAGAAGAUGGAGAAGCACAAAGUGCCUCCAUACAAGAGCCCAAGAAAAAGAGCAGCAAGGAGAAGAAGGAGAAGAAGAAGGAAAAGGACAGGGAGAGGAAGAAGAGCAAAGAGGAGAAGAAGAAGAAAAAACACAAACAAGAAGAAAAGGAGCAGAAUCUACUUGGGGAACAGGCAGAUGAGGCUGUGGUCCAGUCAGAAGAAAAUAAGGUGGAGGUGGACCCUCCACCGACUUCUACCAGUGCUGAGGUUUCGGAUCUGGAUUUCUGGCUCUCAAACGCUCCAGUGCCCUCUAACACCCAGGAAGCAGAAACAGUAGCAGCAGCAGAAACAGCCCCCGUCCCCAAGGCGACCUCUGGCUCAGCACCAGACUCCGAGCCUGAUGAGCCCAAAGACACAGAGGCAGAGGAGACUAAGUCUUCCAAACACAAGAAGAAGAAGCAGAAAAAGGAGAAGGAAGAGAAGGAUAAGAAAAAGAAGAAGAAGCAUCAUCACCAUCAUCACCACAGUGAUGGAGGUGGACAGGAGUCUGUGCAGAACGGCACCGUGGAGGAGGAAGAACCUUUGCCACCCAUGUCCAAUUACUGCCUGCUGGCUGAGAACUGCUACAUAAAGAUGAUGAUGGAGGAUGCUGAUGAGGUGUGUGACAUCCAGGGAAACCUGCAGGAUGGUAGUCAGGUGGUCGUGUCGGUUAUAUUUGAAAACAAAUGCGACGGCUUCCUUAAAUCCAUGGAGUUCAAUGUCUUGGACUCUCUCAACUCUAAGCUGCAAAGGCCACAGGGGUCGGGUCCACAUGACGGCCUUGUGGUCCCCUUCCAGCUUCCACCCGGAGUGUCCAAUGAGGCACGAUUUGUCUUCACUGUGCAAAGCAUUGUGAUGCCACAGAAACUGAAGGGAACGCUCACCUUCAUAGUAAAGAAUGAGGACUCUUCCACUCAUGAGAAACUGGACUUCAAACUGCACUUUACCUGCACCUCCUACUUAAUUACUACUCCUUGCUACAGUGAUGCAUUUGCAAAGCUGCUGGAGUCAGGGGACCUGAAGGGCAGCUCUGUCAAACUAGAGGGAGUCGACAUGCCCUUCCACCACCUGUUGGCCAGAAUCUGCUUCCACCACCACUUCUCUGUUGUCGAGAGGAUCGACUCCUGUGCCUCCAUGUACAGCAGGUCUAUCCAGGGUCACCACGUGUGUUUGUUGGUUAAAACGUCUGGUCCAACAGUAUCCAUAGAUGCUAAAUGUGAUGAGCCGACGCUGCUUGGGAAUGUGCUGAGCGAGAUCAAGCAGACCUUCUCUCAAUGCUGAUUGUGUCUGACAGCCCCAGGACCCCCCCACCCCCGAACCACUCCAUGGCACCCCCCACGCUGAAACACAACAUAACCAUGUUACGAAACACUGCGGCUGGCACUUCAGUAUUGCCCUAUUUAUUAGUCCUCAGAUUUGCAAGAUUAGUUUGCCCCUACCUUCUACUUCAGUAUCACUGACUGUUGUUCCUCUGCACUCUGAUGUCUGUGGUCACACCCAACACUUGAUAUUGUUUUACAGACCUGCGGUUCAUGCUCUGUCUUCUCUGCAAUGCACUGUCAUUGUUACUUUCUGACGUUUAACCCCCUAAGAGCCACUCUUUCUCUGUUUCUGAGCUCCUAUUUCCGGAUGCCCUUCGCUCUCUGCUCUUUCUUGUGCACUUUUCCUUCCUUCACUGUCUGUAUUUGACUCAUGUACUGUUAACUGGACUUUUGCUUUAGAUGGUUGAGAUGUGUCUUUAUUGUUUUGAAUUUGCUGUUUGGUUGUAGAUUUUGUCCGGGCCCCUCUUCUUCUGCAUCUUUUUUUUUUUUCUCCAACUCUUCUUUCCAUUCCUCAAACAUCAGUGCAAAUAUUGCUCAUCUGUGUAGGCCUGAAAUUUACCAUGUGACUGACUGACUUUUUUCAUACUGGCAAGCUAUAAAAAUGGCGCCAGUAACCAGGUACCUUGAGAAAACCACACACUGGGUGACUGCGAUGAGAAUAAUGCGGAGAUUUUACCAAAGCUACAUAUAAGUCAUAGGUUUUAAAUUUGUUCCAGAGCUGUUGCCCACUUGCCUUUUGCCAAGGCCCAGAGCAGAUCUCUUGGUGUUAAUUUAACUAAAUCUUCGUGUUGCACUACGGGUGAUUUGUACAGUAGAUCAGUGGUUUCGCUCUGUGCCUUGGCCAUGCAGUCUGACCUACUCCAGCACUCAUGAGUCUGUCCUGCACAGUGGAUCGUCAAGCUAAUUCCACUGUUUAAAGAACCUAUUAUUCCUUUUAUGGAAUAUGCAAGAGUAUAGAAAGGAAAAAGAAAAUCUAGCAUCAGUGUUGGAGAGUUUAAGUUUAAUGUGAGAUUACUGUUUUAGCUCAGGACAGUGUGCUGUCAGGUCAGUGCCACCUUUUACAGCUAGAGUUGUUGGUUGUAUAGAAGAUGUUAUAUUGUUAUAACUACGCAUUAUCCAUACAAAGCCUCUCAAAUGAAUGACCACAUAAAAAGAGCUAAUGUUGGACCCUUUUUCUGAAAAAUGUAACCAUGAUUAGCUGAAGGAUGAUGUGCUGGAUUAUCAACCUUUCUGAAGCUUUGAAACCAGAUGGUCUGUCUGGUCUUUGUAUGCAAAGGCUGUGGCCAGUAGUUUUAGUUUCUCCACCACAAUUGGGCAAUGUAACGUUCACUGCAAGGAAGCAUGCACUCUGACAACAGAAGAAUGCUUUUAUUCUCAUCUUCAUGUGAACUAUUGCCACUGUGCCACUUUAUUGUUUGCAUUACAGUAGCUGCACCCAAACUGGUUGUCACCCAGAUGGUGUGCACCCAGAUCAACCCCUGAUGUUUCUCUUCUCUCCAGAAAACUGCCUUGCUACAUUUUUGUGUAUUCACAUGUUGUGAUAAACAUAAAAUGGCUUCCUCUUACAAGUCCCUCAGAAGCCUGUUUUAAUUUGUGUUAUUCAAGUCACCAGUCACUACCCAGUCCAGCACGACUUAGUAGUAGCAACAUUAAAACUGACUGUUCAUAUGUACUAGUAACGCCCUCUCACGUGUCUGCUAUUGUAGAUAAAUACAAUGUCUGUGACCUAAAGGUCAGGUGAGCCAUUCCAUGAGUUCUUCUGUCCAGUAGUUAAGUCUGAAUACAGAGGUGAUCAGCUGUAUGUCCAGAAUGUCAAUAGAAAAUAUGUAUGUAGUCAUGUUCAAGAAAACGACUGGUAUUAGCAAAACACCAACUUCCCUAAUCAUACACUCUCCUUAUUCUGAUCAUUUUUUUUGAUUAAGAGUUUGUAUAUUGCAUGAUCAGGAAUGUACACUUUUUGUUUCCUUUUUCUGUUCUAUUCACAUGCUUACUGAAACAAGUUGUCAUUCCAUUUUUUUCAUUUCUUUUUUAAAAGAUGUUCACUCAAACCCUUCUCUGUUUUAGAUGGCGUUUAAGUUCAGGCAAUUAAAGUGGUGUCGUGAAAUGUUUUAAAUUAUUAUUCACAGGAAGGAAGGGGAUUCUGCUUGGCGUCAUGAGGCUCUGAAAAAUAAUCUGAGGCGAACGGGUCAUUUGAAGCGAUGUACUGAGAGGACAUCUAUCUGUCUUAAUUCUGUAUUGGUUCAGUUGUAGUGAGUUCUUUUACCAAGUUUGGCUCGUGAAAUUGAAAUAUACUCUAAUAUGACUCUGAUUUUCUUUCUUUUUUUUUUUUUUGAAGGUCCUAUCUUUUUAUUUCUCCAUACUUUAUUUUCAAGCUGUAUAAUACAAUGUGUUUUAAAGGGGAUGACAUAAAAUAUCCAUAUUCCCUUUAAAGAAAGUUCCCUGAAAUUGAAAAUAAAGGCUGUAAGAUGUA